AUUUGAUACGUUUUACCUUCACCCUUAACGGUCGCUGUAAAUUUUCUCCGUAUUUAACUGAGGCGAAUCGACGUGCGUUUCCCGCGAGCGUCCAAUAGGCACCUGAUGUUUAAUUUAAGAUGUUGUAUAAUUAAUAGUUUGAGUUAAAUCUAUCCUCUUGUUUUUCUAUCUUGUUUUUAUUAAUUAAUGAUUGCUGAAGAGCGCUUUGUCUAACACGAAAAUGGGUUAAGAAACGAAUGUACAGUUUUACCUACGUUUAGAAUAAAAGUAGCUUCAAAUUAAAUGAAUAAAUUAGAAAAAAUGUCGAAAUAUCAAUGGAAAUUUAAUCCGUAAUGUGAAUUAUUUUUAGCAUAGAUAAACUGGUUAUUUUUGGCUUCAUCGAAAUUUCGAAAAAUAGGGGUCAUUUUACUCGAUAUCAGUACUAUUUCAUAGUCGCGCAAGUUAUUCGAUAGAUUAUAUGCAAGUUUUAUUAUUAUGUUGACUUGUUGAUUCGCUGUGUGUCUUGCGAGGAGGCUAUUCGCUCACAGUGGAGAGAGCAUAUAAAUAAAUAAAUUAUGUACUAUUAUAUUUGUGGUUGCGAUAGAGUAAGUAUUCCAAUCCGUAAAUGAAGAAUGGAAAGCAGUCGAAGUCGCCCAAAACACGUCAUCUCGGAUCCUCCCGAUCCACUAACGGUGCUUUUAGGUACUUCAAGCACCGGUCACCGUUCUCGUCGAACCCGUCGCUUGCGACGAAGGGCUCGGCGAGUAAAUUAACCCUCAGAUACAGCCCACUGAGUUUCUCGCCGGAUCUUCUCAGUAGGUCGCGUUUCCGAUCCGGUGGUAUAUUCUGCGAAGCAUGGCUCCUUGCUAGGGUUCGUGUUAGCAACGUCGUCAGGUUUGAGCCCCGUGAGCUCACCUACUAGUUAAGGUUACGCUGGAAUAGCCUCUCAAGGCUACCAGCUUAGGUAGGAAAAAAAAAACCGUAAAUGUAAUUAAUUUAACAAAUCUAAUUAAAUUCCAAAGAGUUCAACAAAAUAACGACUGUGACUGAGGUUAUAGGAUAAAUUUAUAUUAUUUUAAAUGUAGUAGAAUCAGUUAAUGGCCAAAAUGAUCUAUGAAAACGCACUGUGGGUGAACGCCAUAUAGCUAAGUCAAGUUGUGCGAGGAUAAAAAGGAGUUCAACAAUUAAAAAACAACCAUCAAAACUCAUGGGAGUGUUUGGGGCGCUGCUUAACGGCUGGUUGUUCGCUACCUUUAUUCAUAGCCACUUGUUAAUUUUCAAAAGUCACAUAUUGGUAUUCAAUCUGUGCGCGGCAUCGCUCGGAAGGAAUUUACUGGGAUUUCCUUUCUCGGGUUCUUCAGCUGUAGCAAAAAGAUGGCUGUUCGGUCCAUCCUGUUGUCAGCUAUUUGCGUUUUUCAAUCAAUUCUUUGGUGUCUUUCAAAUGACUUCAAUAUUCGUUUUAAUAUUGGAACGAUAUAUUCAAGUUAAGUUUUAUAAGCGUGAAAAAUCGGUGUACAUAAGGUUGUAUUGGACACUGAUCGCAGUAAGUUGGAUCAAUUCAUUUCUAUUCGCCACUCCUCCUCUGUUCGGAUACGGAUUAUAUUCGUGUGACACAACUGGAACAUCAUGCACCUUUCUUUGGCCUUCAAUGUCAUCGGGAGCAAAGCAAUUGGGUUACGCCGUGCCCUACAUUUUAAUUUGUGGACUCAUACCAAUUGUGGCAAUGUUUUACUACAUGGGAAAAGCGUUAAGAUUAGAAAAGAUAUUUUACAAGGGUGAACAACAAAGGGAACAAAAAUGUCUUACCCAGAGCGCACACGCGGUUUGUGUUGGCACAUUGGCCUUAUGGAUUCCAGCAGCUGUCCUAGCGGGAUGGCAAUGGGUACCGCUCCUCAUCAAAGGCUAUCGACCGCACGUGCCACCGACACUAGCUUUGAUCGCUUCCAUUGCUUCUGAAGCAGCAACUACUGUUCCUGUGCUGUGUUACCUAGCCGUGGAUGAGAGACUCAGAGCAGCGUUGUUGGGUAGAAUGCGAAAACAAUACGCUUUACUUCAACCCGAGCGAGCAAAGAUUUAUAAGAGAGUAUAGCAAAUUAGCGGUUACAGGUUUAAAUAAACAUAAGAAGAUAUUUAAAAAAAAAAUGGUCUAAAUUAUUUACAUAUAGAAAGAAUCGAUUCGAAUGUUUCGUAUUUUAUUCACUUAUAAUAAAUUAUUCCAAGUAAAA